UCUCCAGCCACACAAACACCUGGGUGAAUCGGGCACUGGCCAGAGGCUGGAGCAGCCUGGGAUACAGGUGGUGGGCCAUGGACACCUUCAGCACCAAGAGCCUGGCUCUGCAGGCGCAGAAGAAGCUCCUGAGUAAGAUGGCGUCCAAGGCAGUGGUGGCCGUGCUGGUGGAUGACACCAGCAGUGAGGUGCUGGAUGAGCUGUACCGCGCCACCAGGGAGUUCACGCGCAGCCGCAAGGAGGCCCAGAAGAUGCUCAAGAACCUGGUCAAGGUGGCCCUGAAGCUGGGACUGCUGCUGCGUGGGGACCAGCUGGGCGGUGAGGAGCUGGCGCUGCUGCGGCGCUUCCGCCACCGGGCGCGCUGCCUGGCCAUGACGGCCGUCAGCUUCCACCAGGUGGACUUCACCUUCGACCGGCGCGUGCUGGCCGCCGGGCUGCUCGAGUGCCGCGACCUGCUGCACCAGGCCGUGGGUCCCCACCUGACCGCCAAGUCCCACGGCCGCAUCAACCACGUGUUCGGCCACCUAGCCGACUGCGACUUCCUGGCUGCGCUCUACGGCCCCGCCGAGCCCUACCGCUCCCACCUGCGCAGGAUCUGCGAGGGCCUGGGCCGGAUGCUGGACGAGGGCAGCCUCUGAACCCCGGGGCCGCCCGACCGUGCCCCUCGCGCCUUUUGGGGCUCUCCUGCUGGGCGCGGGUGGGGUUUGUGGGUUUUUUUCCACCUCUUUUCUCCCAAUCGGACUCCGGCCAAACUCCCCUAGACAGAUGGGUGACCUGUCUCCUUUGAGAGGAUGCUGAGGCAUCUGUAGCAGCUGUUUCAAACACCAAUGUCACCUCUCCUCCUGGCCCCCGCCCAAUGGGGAGAGGAAUUUGGGGCCCUACUCUGGGGACCACCUUUCACCCGUUUGUACUUUCUGGGCCACGCCGACCCCUGGGUCGCUUGAUGUAAAAGCCAAAAGCUGCUGCCUCCCACUUGGAUCAUGUCGCCUGGGAUUUUCAUCCCCUCGCACAAGGACUAGGGGUUCACAUGGUGAACUGGGGGAAGGGAAGUGUUUGUUAGGGGGCAAGUCGCGGCACCCCCCCAUCCAUAAACUCAAGUCCUAACCCCCAGGACCUCAGAAGAUGAUCUGAUUUGGAAAUAGGAUCAUUACAGAUGGAAUUAGUUCA